UUGAAUAAUGUGUCCCGCCCUACACUCUAGAAUCCUUUGACCACCAUUUCUGCCUCUAGCUUAAGGUUCAGUCCCCUAUUAGUCCUGCGCUGUUAGUUUUUAAUCUCUCGACCUGCGCUCAUCCAAUGCGCCGCUCAAGUCACCAUAUUCUCUUUUUUUUGAGCCGCCUACAAAGACUCAUGAAGCUGCGCAACCUCGUCAUCCACUUCAGAAUGGUCACUGCGCUAUUCCAAGAUGCCGAUCCUAAAAGAACGUUAGUCGAAGCCAAAGGAACAGACCGCCACUACAUUCAGAAUAUCAGUCACGACGUCCCUGACGACGUGUCCGCGCUUUACAGAGAUCACCAAGACAUGCCUCCCUACACUGCCACGGUUGACCAGGCCAUACAUCUUGUCAGUUCGGGCCCUUGGGAUGGCUAUCAAGUACGAAGCUCGAGGACCAGAGUCGUUCGUGUGAUAAAAUAUAGAAAUACUCGAUUUUUUUUUUCAGUCCUGUUAUGGACUUGCGGUGCAAAUGGAGUUAUAUGUGACAUAAUCACCUCGGAAUCCAUUUCCGUAUACACAGCAUGCCCGGGAGAUACCAGCCUUGGCUAAAUAUUUGGUGAGAUGGAAGCGGAUCCCAGAGAGAUUAGAGAGGCCAGAGAUGGAGUUGGCUAUGUUGUGUUGAUCGUAAGAUGAAGUGGUGUGCCUUGAAUAGGUUCAA